GCUAUAAUUGAGGAGUUUAAAAACAUUUUUUUAACCUAUACAUAAUUUAUUUCAUAAAAUUUAGAGUAUAAAAGCUGCUUUGUAUUCUUAUUGUAGUUUAGUUUGAAAUUCAGUAGCAUACGAAACGGUUAAAUAACUGAAACAAUGAAGCAAUUUUUAUUUUUGGUAAUUCUGUCGAUUUUGGUGUUUGACGAGAUGUGCAUUAAAGGAGCCACGGGGGAUCAAUAUGAUACAAUAGUUUCAGCAUUUACUUCAAAAGCAAAAGCGACUCUGAAGAACGAAAAAAAUUGCUUAGAACCUUAUUUUCAACAGAAUAAAAUGGUUUGGUGUUCAGAGAUACCGCCAUUGUUCUCACUUUGUACCCCCGAUGAUUUCUCCUCACUGUCGAAUACCAUGAAUUUGCUUAUUCAAGCCAAUGUGAAUACUUCUCUAGACCAAUUACUUGACGGCAACGAUAUUAGAGGAGUUUUGACCAAUCGAAAGGCGGUAGAUGAAUUAUGCGAAGAAAUAAAAUUCAAACUUGAACUCACUGCAUCUUCUAUAUUCUAUCCUCCUGAGAUUGAUAGCGUUUAUCAUGAGUGGAAAAAUACUUAUAUCACCCAGUACUAUCUCCUUAAAGUUGUUGUCAAUUUACCAAUAUUAAAAGAGAAUCACGAAUUAUUUUACAAACGUUUUGAACAUUACAUCUUGAGUGUUGUGAAUGAAAACCUCGAGACAUAUCAACUCUAUUCAAAUCGAUUUUCUGAUAUCUACCGAAGUCAUGAAUAUCAACGCAUAGACGGUUAUUUGGAACAUUUUGUACAAAUUCAACUCACUAUUUUGGAACGCCUAAGAAAAGCCAGAGAUGUUCUAGUCGAUUAUUACAAACGACGCAUUAACUGGGCCAAAUUUUUGAUGGGAAAACAAGUGCAGAUUUGAUUCGAAGAUUUCGAGAGAAUCCAAUCUACUCGAAUAGAAUCUAAAGUCAUCUCUGUCAAGUCUGAAAUGAAUUCAACAAUUUAAUGUAUGAUUUAUUUUGUCCAAUCUAUUGGCUAUCGCACCAAAUGAACUUUUAAUAAAGAUUUUCAUGAAAUUAUACAUUGA